AUGUAUGUUAUGGAAGGCCAUGCAGGUAGCCAGAAUCAAACCCUGUACAUAGUCCUCUUAAUAGUGCUGGUCAUGAUGAGCUUGGUGUUUGGUAAGUGGUUCAAUGGGUUGCAUGAUCCAGGAAUCAUUAAACCGGAACAUUUAAACAAAUACCUAAGCUGCUAUCGAUGCCUCUUUGAGACCAAGGAGCUCGGAUGCCUUCUGGGAUCUGACACCUGCCUUGUCCCAAAGGGCAGCAGCUGCAUGACUCUGCUCAUAAAGAACAACAGUGGUUUUGAGACCAUGGUGAGUGACUGCCGCAGCAAGGAACAGCUGAGUGACUGCUCAUACACCCGCGCCUCUCCAGUGUUUGGCUUCUGGAUAUUCUCUCGAUGCUGCUUCCAGAAUUUCUGCAAUAACCCUCAGAACAGAAUGAUAUAUAUUUCUUAG